CGCGUCGUGGAUCGUGUGUGGCUCGAACACGCUCUCGCGGAUUUCUGUCGACGAUACGCAUCCCGCCAACCGGAUCCACGUGGAUACAACUGUCAACCAGCCGCGACGUUCCGACCCGAAACGUUGAAUCCCGGGGGAAACGCAAAAUGGAUCCCGACAAUUUCAAGGACUUCGCCAAGGAAAUGGCAGAAUAUAUUACUAAUUAUCUAGAGAAUAUCAGGGACAGGAGAGUGUUGCCAACCGUGCAACCAGGUUAUAUGAAACCUCUCUUGCCAUCCGAGGCUCCACAGACGCCAGAAAGUUGGAAAGAUAUCAUGGCGGACAUAGAAAGAGUAAUAAUGCCAGGUGUCACCCACUGGCAUAGUCCAAAAUUUCACGCAUACUUCCCCACAGCCCAAUCUUAUCCAGGAAUUGUUGCUGACAUGCUCAGCGGCGCCAUUGCUUGCAUCGGAUUCACUUGGAUUGCGAGUCCUGCAUGCACCGAGCUAGAAGUAAUAAUGUUGGACUGGCUAGGAAAAAUGUUAGAUCUGCCCAAGGAAUUUCUAGCCUGCAGCGGUGGGAAAGGUGGCGGCGUGAUUCAGGGCACUGCUAGUGAAGCCACUUUAGUGGCACUUCUCGGCGCUAAGGCUAGGAAAAUAAGGCAGGUCAAGGAACAGCAUCCUGAUUGGACUGAUUAUCAGAUCGUUGAAAAACUGGUCGCUUACAGUUCCGCUCAAGCUCAUAGUUCCGUAGAACGAGCAGGACUUCUUGGGGGUGUUAAGUUCCGGUUGCUCGAGGCGGACUCAAAAUACAAACUACGCGGCGACGUCCUCGCGGAAGCCAUUCGCAAAGACAAAGAACAAGGACUAAUUCCAUUUUACGCUGUUGCAACUUUAGGAACGACUUGUUCGUGCGCUUUCGAUCGUCUCGAUGAAAUGGGUGUAGUUGCAAAUCGUGAAAAUGUCUGGUUGCACGUCGACGCAGCUUACGCUGGUUCCGCUUUCAUUUGCCCCGAAUUUCGAUACUUAAUGAAGGGUAUCGAAUUGGCAGAUUCGUUCAACUUCAACCCACAUAAGUGGAUGCUGGUUACUUUCGACUGUUCGACAAUGUGGCUGAAAGAUCCAACUUAUGUCAUCAACGCGUUUAACGUCGAUCCACUAUACUUGAAGCAUGACAUGCAAGGAUCAGCUCCGGACUACAGGCAUUGGCAAAUUCCACUGGGCCGCAGAUUCAGAGCGCUGAAACUCUGGUUCGUCUUACGAAUUUAUGGCGUGGAAAAUCUUCAACGGUACAUCAGAAAUCACGUUGCCCAAGCUCACGAAUUUGAAGCUAUGGUCCUCUCAGAUCCUCUUUUCGAAGUUGUUGCUGAAGUGAUACUAGGACUCGUUUGUUUCAGAAUAAAGGGCUCGAAUGACAUAAACGAAACGCUAUACAAAAGGAUUAAUGCAGCUGGAAACAUUCAUUUGGUGCCAUCCAAGAUAAAUGACAUGUAUUUCCUACGUUUCGCGAUUUGUUCGCGAUUCAGCGAAAGCAAGGAUAUUCUAAGUUCCUGGAAGGAGAUUAAACUGAGAGCCACCGAGGUCCUCGAAGAGCAAUCGGUUUCUAAGUGAUGGCGGGCUCAGAUAGCUCGUGGUUGCAGAUCCUUGUCUCCUGCAACCUGCAAUCAGUCGUAGCUCCUAUGUAGUUGGUUCGAGUUUGAUUAGUCUUGGAGGAAUGGAUGAUUGAGAUAUAGGGAUCUGUCUUACGUAUUUCUUCUUUAUCGUUAAAUACAGUGGAUUCGAUUUCUUUCGUAACAAUAUUUCUUCGCUCAAGUAUAAAUCUUUUAUAGAAGAUUGAAGAAAUUCUAAAUUUAAAUGACAAUUUGCUUUCGUAGGAAGCAUAAUCCUUCCACUCUGAUCUAAAAAUAGCUGACAAGGAGAAGUCGAGAUUGUUAGGAUGUUUUAAUUAUCUGACUCCCGCGUCUCAUUACUAUUUAUAAUAUUUUAUUUAAAGAGUUGUUCAACGUUACAAUUGGAACCGGGCCAUAAUAGUCUAAAAUUUAACGAAUCGUAGUAAAUUCUUUGAAAAUAAUAUUUUCGAAAACACAUUAGACAGAUCCGGUGAAUACAAAAUGCCAAAGAUCGUUCUUCGAGUGCUGUUUUACCCUGGCGAGUUCGUAGCUCAUAUAGUCGCAGUAUUACUUGUUGCCGCGUGACACUUUUCCAACGCAUAGCUAAACGUACAUAGAGCCUAUACUCGUUAGGUCACUUUCUGCGACCAUGUUAAGUGGCACGACUAGCACGAAUUGUUGCAUAAUAGUUGGCAUUCGUGCAACUUAUGGAAAUGCUGGGUAUCUGCAGAAAUUCAGCCAAUAGUGAACAUUGAAACCUCACUGAUGACUUCGAUAAAUGUUAUUUUAAUUUCGUUCUUCUCAUUUGCAAAUUAUUCUAUCCAAUGUAUAUUGCUAAUAGAUAUCCGACAGAAUUUUUGCAUUUACUUAAUAAAGUGCGAGUAAAAUAAACACAAAAUUACGUGUAAUAUUAUAUUCAUGUUGAAUCUGUGUAGUUAUAAUGUAGAUAUCGAAGGCUAGCGUUGAAUUCGAUCGUGUUUGGAAUAACGCGCUCCAGACGUAGCCUGUUUCAUCACAAUGAAAAUUCCAUGUAAUUACGAAAAAAAUUCAUGAAACUUUUUUUUUAAUUUGUUAAAUAGAACUAUUCUAAGUUCCUCGAUAGAGAAAAGUAUCAUGAUACUUAGAAUAUGUACUGAAAUCUGAAUAUUAAAGUGAAUAUUCAUUCUUAAUGAAACAAUCUUCAAUCUUAAUCACACAUUCUUGAUUAGAUUAUGAUCAUUGUUAUCCUAGAACGACUAACACGCUAAUUGCAUUUAUCUACUUUGUAAUAGUUUGUUACAUUUUCCAUUUUUGCAUUUUGUAUCUAUGAAAUUCUUUGGUAAUACAGUUUUCGUUAAAUAUUCACGAAAUAUUUUAAAGGAAGAUAUUCAAUGAAGUGAGUGUUCUAUGCAGAUAAAUUAUGCACAAAAAUAUUCUGUGCUACGUUCGUAGCAUAGAUAAUGUCCCAACAUGUAUAUGGAAGACAAUAUUGUAUAAAAUAUUAGUAGACUUAUAGAUUAGAUUUCAAACUGAGUUGUAUAUAUGUUUAUGAUAUACCUAUGUAUAUAGAAUAUUGUAUAAAAUAUUUGCUGAUUCAUAGAUUAAACUGAAGUCAGAGUAGAUUACCCAAUUUUGUUGACACAUUCUGAAAAAUUGAAUGUUAGUUAUAAAAAAAAUUGAAAAUACUUAAUUGCUGAUACUAUGAACUUAAAAUCACUGUUGACAUAUCUAUCUUCUUUUUUCUUCGUUGUUUAUAUAAAAUUUAUUUAUUCAUCGUUUACUAGUGUUAACCAAAUCAAAUGAUGUUUAAACAUCAUGAGUAGCAUAAUCACUGACAGUAUUACGCUCAUUUAUAAUACAUUGCUCCUUAAUUAUCUGGUAUGAUAUGUAUAAAAUAUUGAAAAAUGCAAAAGCGAAUUCUUAUUGAUUUAAUCGAUCUAACACUCGUAUAUACUAAUAUUCAAAUUACACACCUAGCACGUUUAUGUUGUAAAUAAGUUAUAAAGGGUGGGCCAGAAACGCUACCGUAGUUGAACUUCGAAAUUGAUUUUUUCAAAUUGGAUGAAAAAAAUGUUACAUCAAAUUUUUUUCUUAUUUAUUUCACAUAGGAGCACACUCUGGCCCACCCUGUAUAAUUAUUAGUUGUAAGUUUAAUCUAUGCAAUGUAUCUUCCUCACCUACGCAAGCCAUCUUCGUUCCCGAAUAUUAAAUUUAUUUGCCAUGAUCGUACUUGAGGUACAAUAUCAUAGUUAUUGAAUCGUUAAGGAAAGAAUUAUUUUAUUUAUUUCAUUAUCGAAACUCGGAACUCUUGUAAAUAUCGAUUCUAAUAUUCAAAAUUCUAAUACUGGUCUAACUCGUUUUGUGGAAAAUUAUAGUUUACAAUUAUUAACAAUUAUUUGUAUUUGAUCAAACAAUUUUAUAUGAUCAGUUACAGAGUAUUGUUAAAUUGUAAAUUGACAAUUUUAGAUACGAAAUGGACUGAUUGUAAAAUAAUAUUA